AUGUACGAGCUUCUUGACAUUAACAUCUACGCCCAACACACAGGCAACGACCCUGAGCUCGAUCCCAACAGAGAGCCGGAACCUCCAGUUCAGGUCGUCGACAAGACCGCUCCUCGCCGUGGCAAGCGCGACGGUCCAAGCGAGCCUCGCGACACUGUUCCUCCUCCUCGUGGCAACCGUGGACCCAGACUCCCUGGAAACGAGCAAGGGACGUUUCUUUCUAACAAGGUGAUCUUGGGUAUAUCAGCAUUCCGUGACCGCAACGCCGGAUCUCAGAACAACCGCAAUCGGCCAACCGAUGCCCCCAGUGACCGCGCUCCGCCAGCUGCUCAUAGAAACCGUGAUACCCGCGGCUACAACAUUCGGGAUGACCGCCAAUCUCGCACCGACAGAACUAUCACAGAGAAGCAGGUCGAACAGGGCUGGGGUUCUCGCUCUGGCGAGUCUGCUUUGAAGGAUGAGCGUGCUGGAGAAGACAUUGCCCGCUCUGAGGAGAAAGAAGCCGCCGAGGCUAAUGCUGAGGAGCCUGUUGAGGAGCCAGAGGACAAGAGCAAAUCAUAUGCUGACUACCUCGCUGAGCAAGCCCAGGCCAAGCUCGAACUCGCCGCAAAAGAAUCCCGCAAGGCCAACGAGGGAGCCAAGAUGGACAAGAAAUGGGCCGCUGCCAAGGAGCUGAAGCGCGAUGACGAGGAGGACGAGUACAUCAAAGGCCAGAGCAAGGAGACCAGGCGCGAGCGUCAACGCAAGGAGAAGAACGUCCUUGAGGUCGACAUGCGCUUCGUGGAGGCCCCGCGACGUGGCGGCGACUCCUCCCGUGGCCGUGGCCGUGGUGGUGACCGUGGCGGUGAUCGCGGUCGUGGCGGUCGUGGCGGACGUGGUGACUUCCGUGGUGGCCGUGGAAAUGGUCGCGGAGCUCCUCGCGGUGGUCCUUCCCAUGCUACAGGCCCUACCGUCGACGAGAAGAACUUCCCUUCUCUUGGAGGCAAAUAA